ACAUCCUGCGAACACAUCUGAGGCUGGGAACUAAACUCCCCUCACUGCUAACAAAACGGCUCACAUCGCAGCUCGCGUGCCUCUGCCGGGAUGUCUCGCCUUUUAACACGAGGAAAAGUCCCUGUACUUUAACUAAACUCGCCCAGUUGUUGUGUAGUUCACUCUGCGGGUCGCUCCCCCCUUGUUGGACUUAUGUGUUCAUGUUUUGGACACGCGGCGGUGGGACAUCCGGAAUGGAGAAUCCGUAGGAGGAGACGCUGCGCGCUCGUGGGCUGCUGUUGGUAAAUAGAGGCGAGCGCAGCAACGCACGCGCGCUCGCUAGUUUACACGCACGAAAUGGACUUUAAAAAGACAAAAUUUGGAAGGUUCAUGAACUCGAGGGUUCCAGCCAGUAAGAGAUACCAGCCGACUGAGUAUGAACAUGCUGCCAACUGUGCCACACAUGGGUUGUGGAUUCUCCCCAGUCUGGUUGGUGGAUCUGUGCUCUACUUCCUGUCCGUGGACCAAUGGCAUCGUGUGGCUGCCUGGCUCUACGGGAGCGGUCUCACCGGCCUGUUUGUCACUUCAACUCUCUUCCACACCGCUGCCUGGAAAAUCAGCCAUCUCCGGACAGUGGAGCAGCGUUUCCACAUGUGCGACAGAAUGGCCAUCUACUUCUUCAUAGCUGCCUCCUACUCUCCCUGGUUAAUGCUGAGGGAGCUGGGGCCCUGGGCGUGCCACAUGCGCUGGCUGAUAUGGGUCAUGGCCUGUGUGGGAUCUAUGUAUGUCUUCUUUUUCCAUGAGAGGUACAAGCUGGUGGAGCUGUUGGGAUAUGUAGCCAUGGGGGCUGUUCCUGCUUUGGUCAUCCUGUCUAUGGUGGAGCGAGCAGGUGUAUGUGAACUCGCAGUGGGAGGAGUCUUCUAUGUAGUGGGCGUGGUCUUCUUUAAGAGCGACGGCCUUGUCCCUUUCGCGCACGCUAUCUGGCAUCUUUUCGUGGCAGCAGGAGCGUGUGUUCAUUAUUACGCUAUCUGGAGGUACCUAUACUUACCUGGGCCACUGCUGCAGACGUCAAGGUGACGAGCAGCCUUUACCAGAGACGACAACGUUUCUUACCGUGUCACUGACUGAGAAAUAUAGAUUUUGAAUAAGGGGACCACUGUGUCUUGGCUACAACUAAUUGAAUCACGAGGCUACACCUCGAGAGAUGCUGCUAAGAUGAUCCGACUGUCGGCGAUGAUUGCUGAAGGUCAGAUUAAUUCUCUUCAGGUGGGACCAAACACUCGUAGACAUUCACUCAAAAAUCAUUUAGGUUCAAAGUCAAAUAAGAGACCAAUCUGGAUCCAGAUCCAGAUUUUAACAUGUUGUUAUCACCACACAGGUGGGAUGUUUGCAAAUAGGGCAGCACAACAUUUGCCAGUACCAUGGAGUUCAGUUGAGCCAUAUUUGAUUAAGAUUUUGGAAAAUUAACUUUCUUGCCAAGAGCUUCAUUGAAAACAUUUAAAUCCCAGUCUCUCUUUCCCCAUAUUUCCUGUCUUUCUUCCAGUAAUGUUGGAAUCAUAAGCAAGGUUUGUAAAUUAGUGCAACAAUCAUAAUUUGAUGUUAAUGUAAACUGCAUCUAUUUACAAAAAUGCAUCAGGAGCUUGAAGGGUUGUCCAAUUUUUGUCAGGAAGAUUUCACUUCUAUGCUUUAGCACUUGAAAAUGAGGGGUAUAAAAGUCAGAAAUGAAACUCAGCCUGGAUAUUCAUACUUCUAUGCUAAGCUAGGCAAAACUAACCUUGCAAAGCAGAUGGAUUUGCCAGACUCCAUCUCGGUCAUCAGGCAAAUCCACCUCAAAAAGCUCCAAUCCACAACGUUUGUGCAAACGAGGCAGUACCUUCUGGUGGGGUUUAGUUGUACUCAAAGCCGUUAGCAAUGGCUGCCUCCAGUACGUUGAUUAGCUUGGAUAUAGCUCUAGUAUAGCCCCAGUUUUAUCAGAACUUGACCAUGCUUCUGCAUGAAGUACAGAAUAAAAACAACACUAAAAGCAUUUCACGAUGGGAAAAAUGUUUUUGCUCUUCUGCCGACCUGCUUCGACAUGAGUUUGUGAUAGUUACAGGGGGAAAGGGCCAGUUGUUGUGUGAGUGGUUGUAUACAAUAGCUGCUAGUGGAGUAAUCAACUGCUGCUGUGGGUGUAGCCACAUAACUGGACAAAAAUUCUUUAUUAAAGCAAAGGCAGAGAGCAACACUGAAAAGAUGUUUUUGCUCUUCUCCCGGCCUGUUUUGGCAUGGGUUUGCGAUCGUUACGGGUGACGUUUGCCUUUGUAUCCACUGGCUGCUGCUAUAGCUAUUAGCUCAGAUGUAGCUGUAGGAAAGCAGCAGUCUUAAUGAACUGAACCACAUUUCUUUUUAAAACAAGAGCAUAGAGCCACACCGAAAACUCAUCUUGGUAGAGAAGACAUCUUUGCAGCCGUGGCAUCAGUUUUAUUCACGAAAAUCCAUGAACAAUCUACAGCAGUGGAAACACAUCAGCUCAAGAGAAGCGCACCCGUAUGUCAUUUUGUCAUGAGACUCUGAUUGGCCUGUCAUGAUUGUGACAGACAGAGUGUUCCUCCAAUCAUCUUCUGUGAAUUUUUGGAAAAGUCCUGCCCUUCCUAAACACUUUCUGUGGGAGUUUUCCCAGAAGAAUGUGAAAAACAUCCAUGCAAUAAAUACACUGCCUGGCCAAAAAAAAGAGUCACCACCAAAAAAAAGGUCAAACACUCUAAUAUUUCGUUGGACCGCCUUUAGCUUUGAUUACAGCAUGCAUUCGCUGUGG